UGAUAAUAUUAUGUUUGGCUGUGUGUGACAUGGCGGCACAUGCAUCACAAUAUCACAUGAUUUGACCUCACCGUGCAUGCCUAUGAGUCUUAAGGGGAGGAGAAUGCAUUAUAUGAUGGGAGGGCGCAGUGACAGCAGCAGUCGAGGAACAGGUUAGAAAGGAGAAGAAGACGGCUUUACCCUGCGAGGAUCGGACUUUUCUUUUUUCGAGUUUGAAUUCAUUUACUUUCACUAACACGCUUGUAGUUGGGACCGAGGACAAAACAGCCGCCAAACAGUUUCCCAUAGAAACCCAGGGAGUGGACCGGGAAGUGAGACCUCCUUUUGCUCCGUGCCCAGAAAAGUUUCAGCCAGCUCCUCGCCAUGUCUGCUCCUGGUUACCCAGGCUCUCACAACCAGACACCUUAUCCCAUGACUCAGCCCGGCGGCCACUCCGUAGCCCCUUACCCAUCUGCUCCAGGGGUGUACGGAGACCCCAGUCAAGCCCCUCCACCGGGCUUCAACAUGGGCUACAAUCCAGCCCCAAAUCCUGUCAUGUAUCAGCCAGGUCCGAUGGGUCCAGGCCCAGUUCCAGGACCGGAGUACGGCGGCCACCCAGGAGCGAUCUCCCCGGCCCCAGUUGGAACUCCAGCAGUUGCUGUUGGGGUCCCGCCAGGGCUGGAGUACCUCGCACAGAUCGACCAGAUCCUGAUCCACCAAAAAGUGGAACUCCUAGAAGCAUUCAUCGGGUUUGAGACCAACAACCAGUACGAGAUAAAGAACAGCCUGGGCCAAAAGAUCUACAAGGCCAAAGAGAAGAACGACUGCUGCACCAGGAACUGCUGCGGCUCACUGCGCAGCUUCGACAUGAAGAUCAAGGACAACAUGGACAGGGAGGUCAUCCGUCUCAUACGGCCUUUCCGCUGCGUCUCCUGCUGGUGUCCCUGCUGCCUGCAAGAGCUGAAAGGCAAAGAUGGUGACAAGCCCAUUGGUCGCAUCAGCAAGCAGUGGAGCGGCCUGUUGAAGGAAGUCUUCACAGACACGGACAACUUUGGCAUCCAGUUCCCGCUGGACAUGGACGUGAAGAUGAAAGCUGUGCUCAUGGGAGCCUGCUUCCUCAUUGAUUUCAUGUUCUUCGAGAAGGUCGGAGAGGCCAACCAGCGCAGCACGGUGUUUUCGUAACAGAGGAGGGAAAAAAAGGAUUUGAAAACAAAAUAAUAAGAACAAGGACUUUCUCCAGUUUUACAUCCUCUGAACACGCAUUUAAUUUUUCCAUUUGUCAUUUUUAAAAAUAAUUCCUUCAUCUGAUUCCAGCCAAUUUGGUGCCAUCCUUUUAUACCCACAGGCCGAGAUCAGGUAAUGCACUCUUGAUUCCAGAUGUUCGCCUAGGAUUGUUUUUUUAUACUGGCUGCCAUGUUGCCCAUGUUCAUAUGUCCAUAUAGCCUGUAGACGUGUCAUCUAUUUGAAGUGAGUAACGUACCUCCAGCUAAGAUUUAAUCCCCGCCAAAGAAAAUCUACUAUGCCCUCGAUGUGUUUUUCCGUUGAGUGGAUAGCGACACGUUUGUGAUUGUACUUAAUGCUACACUGGCAUGCUUCAUUUCAUAUGUAUGGCGUAUGUUUAUUAUUAUCUCACUCUAAACUCGGAUUUUAUGGAGAAAAAAAAAAUAGAUCUACUUUAAGUGCAAUACUAUUGUGGUUGUAUUUAGUGCCUUGUUUUCUUUUGCCUAUGCUAGCAGCUAGCGGACGGCAGUGUUAGUCGGUCCAGUACGGUCGAGGCUUCAACAACUAUUGGAUGGAUUGCCAUGAAAUGUGGUACUGAUAUCCAUAGUGCCCAGGGGCUGGAUUAUACUGACUCUGGUGAUCCUUUAAUUUUUAUUCUAGCACUAUUUUCAGGAUAAAAAUUUAAUUUGUCUUGUACUUUUUGACUUAUCACCAAAUACAUGCAAAUCUAAUGACACCAUCUUCAGCUGUACUUUGCGUUCAGUGCUAAUUAGCAAACGCUAGCAUGCCAACAAACAAAAGUAAGAUGGUCAACACUUGUUAGCUCAUAGAGCUGCUAGUUUCGCUGUAUGAAUUAACAAAAGCUUUAUGUAAAACCUGUCCAUUAGCCGCAGUAAACCGGCUGUAAUUAUUGAGCUUAUAAUGCGUGUAGUGGUUGUGUUAGCAAAAGAAAUGGGAGGAUGUUUCACGCCCCUUUAGUGGAAGUUGACACAUGCUGACAGUAUACCAAAGUGCUCUCUCUCUACCUCUCCUGCCUCCAUCUUCCUCAAAGCCCUCUGUGUCUUAAUGCCCGGUGUGCAUACUCUAACCAAACUGUGGCACAGGCUACAGUGUAAACGCUCCCCUCUGCGGUCCGGUGGUUGCCGUGGAGACACGGACGCCGCCGCCAACCCUCACCCUCCAAUUUCCCCAGAUAGCACUGUGUUGAACGUGUGCCAGUGUAAUGACAUAGGAGACGGUUUGAGAGUAGGAAAAGUCUGACUAAAGGAGGAAUAAAAAGCAGAAGUUGAGGUUAGUGUGAACGUUAAUCUGACCUCAAGAGCGAUUGGAAAACCCCACCAGCGACGGGUGAACUUUCUCCAGCAGAAAGAGGCCAGAAUGUGAACUUGUCAUGUGAAAUUUGGUCAGUUUUAGCUCCUUUGAUCGCUGUGCUUUCGAUUAAAUAAAAACAAAUGUCAUUAGUAUUAGUAUUAGUAUUUGCAAAUGCUGCCUAGUGCUGUUGAAGGCAGCUCUGUUCUGUAUGUAAUAAAAAUUCUCGUUUUUUUUCUUGUGAGAUAACAUGGGUGUGCCUCCUGUGAGGCUUGGUUGCCACUAGUGCUCUCUAAUCCAGACUGCAGCUCUCUAUUACACUGUCAGUAACCAAAUGUGUCUUAUUAUCUGUACAUACACACGCAUAUAUAUACUGUAUAUAUGUACAUGUUAACUUUAACCUCUGAUAAGGAAAAAGAAAAUGUCCAAAGGUUGUUCAGCCAAAGGUUGUUCAGUACAUCUUAUGCAAUAACUUCUUCAUUGGGUUUUAUGUUAAUUAGCUUUUUUAUAUCAAACAUAUCAGCAGCUUGUUUCCUAUAAAAAUAUUUUGUUGUAUGUGUUUGUAACACUUGUAUCUUGUGAUUGUGAAUUACAUUUUUUUUUUUACAGAAUCAAAGAAAUACCCUGUAGUUCAGAAAUAAAAACAAAUGCCAUAUUAAGACA